GACCGCAAACAGCGUAAGCGCGGUAUUAUCUACAUCUCGCGCAUCCCACCGGGAAUGACACCACCUAAGGUCCGACACCUGCUUUCGGGCUUUGGAGAGGUGGAGAGGAUCUUCCUUCAAGACGGUGUGGGCAAGCAGCGCGAGAGAGAGCAGGGAGCCCGCCGCUUCACCGAGGGAUGGGUCGAGUUUCUCUCCAAAUCUACUGCCAAGUUGAUCGCUUCCUCCCUCAAUGCCCAACCGAUAGGAUUUGUCUCAUCCUCCUCCCGAAAGGCGAACAAGAAUGCACGCAGAUGGCAAGACGAUGUCUGGACCAUGAAGUACCUCCCAGGCUUCAAGUGGCACAUGUUGAGCGAGCAGAUGGCGCACGAGAGGGCAGCGCAUGCGUCCAGGCUUAGAACGGAGCUCAGCCAGAGUAAGGUAGAGCAGCAGGACUAUUUGAGGAAGGUAGAGAGGGCUAGGGUGGCCCGGAAUAAGGAGGAGAGGAAGAGACAGAGG